AUGGGGGACGGGGGGGUGCUGGUUGCCUUUGGUGGCGGGCAGGUUGAGGCGCCACGUCUCACCACCAUGCUACGUGCGUUCACCACAGCUCGGGGAUCCGAUUUCGACGCUGAUGCAGAGUACAUCAAGCGCAGGGCAGCCCUGAAAAACAGGAAGGAGCAACGAGCAACUUUGGAACAACUGCGUGCCCCAGGACGGACACCACUUGCACAGCAUAUUCUUGGGGAAUGGAUGAAAGCGCCAAAGGCAGCCAAGCAAACAUAUGAAAAUUUCUUGAAGGUGGUGUCUGAGUUGGUUGGUGGUGAGCACUCUUCAGACGAGCUUCAGGAGUAUGCUGCAACUGUUUGGGGUGUACGAAAUUUGGCACCCCCAAAGGACAAAAUCAAGGGCAGGGGCUCAACAGCAGCACUGCAGCCGCUCAGCGAUGCCCUGAUUUCAACCUUUGGGCACAUCGAGGUUGAUGCACUGCAGUCAAUGGUGCUAGCACAGUACGAGCUCAAGCAAUGGCAGGACAAGCUAUCAAAGCCCAUAAUAGAGCACAAGAAGGCACAGGUUGCUGCUGGAAUUGGACUGCAUGCUGAACUGCUAAAGAGGGUACCGUUUUCAGCGACAAGCCAUUUGGGGAUGGAAUGGGGAGCCUGCAGUCCUGGCCCCACAGCAAGUUUUAAGCAGAUGGAGCAGGAAUUUGGCUCCGACGUUGAUUUCGUUUUUCCAGAAAUCAACAGAAGCCAAGAGGAUGCACUUUUGUCUACGUACGGUGUGGGCCCAGAAGCAGUUUCAGUGUCGUCUGUGCCUCUUCCUCCUGCCCUCCCCAAGCCAAUCUCUGCUCAAGAGAUGCAGGCUCUCUACACAAGCCAGCCACCAACAGAGUUCGUUGAGCCAGAGAGCAGCGAUGAUGAAGGCGAGGCACAGAUGAAAGUUGGAAUCGAAUGGCUGAAGCAAUGGGCAGACAGUACGGCCAGCAGUGUGGGGCACCAAAGCGAGGAGCUGGCGUUGGCAGUCUGCAGAGCUCUCCUGACUACUGAAUCAGGUGACCAGGUGGCCUCCGAUUUGUGCGAUUUGCUGGGCUGGGAUGCCUUUGAACUCAUCAGCAAGGUAGUUGAGAACAGGACCGACUUGAAGACGUCUUUGAUUGAAGCAAUCGCAAGAGCAAGGGCUGCAGAGUCCGCUGAGAAAUCUGGGCCGUCGUAUUCCAGGAUGAUGACGAUUGCCUCAGAGUCAGAAAAGCAGCUCGACAGAUUGGAUAGGAAGGCCAAGAAAAAGAGCAAAGGCGGCGUCACUGAUACGGACCUGGAGUGGCUAUCAGACGCUGGCUUCGACGCGCUGCUAGAUACCAAGAGGACCAAUUUGUGGCUGUUUGAUGGAAACCGUGAAUUUCAAGUGGCCAUGACCAGCGGGGAUGUAAAACAGGGCGUGCUGCCAGUGGGAACUGUUCGGAGUACACACAAGGGGUAUGAAGAAGUCAGGGUUCCUCCAGUCAGGGUUCCUGCAGUUGAAUCCGAGCAUUUCAUCUCUAUCGAGGAAUUUGAGGACUGGGCGCAGCUGGCCUUCCAGGGAUACAAGACCUUGAACCGAAUCCAGAGUCGAAUAUUCCAGACAGCAUACAGGAGCAACGAAAAUAUACUCGUGUGUGCGCCAACGGGGGCUGGCAAGACGAACAUCGCCAUGAUCACUGUGCUGCGUGAAAUUGGCCUGCACAGGCAGUUUGAAAUUAUUCAGAAGGCUGAGUUCAAGAUUGUGUACGUUGCCCCAAUGAAGGCGUUGGCUGCUGAGGUGACAGCGAACUUUAGCAGGCGACUCGCCCCACUUGGCCUGAAGGUUCGGGAAUUGACAGGGGACACGCAGCUUAGCAAGAGGGAGAUGACAGAAACGCAAAUGAUCGUCACAACACCGGAGAAGUGGGACGUCAUAACACGGAAAGGAGGCGAUGUCAGCAUGGCCGCCCUUGUCCGACUCCUCAUCAUCGAUGAAGUGCACUUGCUCAACGACGAUAGGGGAUCUGUCAUUGAGACGCUGAUCGCUCGAACACUCCGGCAGGUGGAAGUGAGCCAAAGUAUGAUCCGGAUAGUGGGUCUGUCGGCUACACUUCCCAACUACAGGGAUGUGGCUACGUUUCUAGCAGUCAAUCUGGAGACGGGCCUCUUCUAUUUUGAUGCUUCGUAUCGGCCCGUGCCAUUGGCAAUGCAGUUUGUGGGCGUCAGUGAGAAGAAUUUUGUCAACCGCAACAAUGUCAUGAACGAGGUCUGUUACAAGAAGAUUGUAUCCGCCAUCAAGCGAGGGAAGCAGGCAAUGGUGUUCGUCCACUCGCGCAAGGAGACUGGCAAGUCGGCCCGCAUCCUCGGCAGUAUCGCCCAACGCGCUGGCGAGGCGGAGCUCUUCAUGGACAAGAUGCACCCAGACUACCCCGCCGCCGUCAGGGACAUCUCCAAGUCUCGCAACAAGGAGGUCGCCGAGCUUUUCCCCUCGGGGUUCGGCAUCCACCACGCGGGCAUGCUCCGAACGGACCGCUCGAUGAUGGAGAGGCUGUUCGCCUCGGGGGUCCUUAAGGUCCUGUGCUGCACGGCCACCCUGGCAUGGGGUGUCAACCUGCCCGCACACACGGUCAUCAUAAAGGGCACGCAGCUGUAUGACUCACAGAAGGGCGCCUUCAGGGACGUCGGCAUGCUGGACGUCCAGCAGAUUUUCGGCAGGGCCGGGCGCCCGCAGUUCGACACGUCUGGCGAGGGGAUCAUCAUCACCUCGCACGACAAGCUGGCUCAUUACUUGGGAAUGCUGACGCACCAAGCCCCUAUUGAGUCCCAGUUCACCCAGGGCCUGGUUGACCACCUCAAUGCGGAGAUCGUUCUCGGGACGGUGACGACCGUGAAGGAGGCGAUCACGUGGCUGUCGUACACUUAUCUCUUCGUCAGAAUGCUGCAGAAUCCGCUCCCAUACGGCAUCUCGUGGGAGGCUCGCAUGUCCGACGAGCGGCUUGAAGCCCAUCGCAGGGAUUUGAUCGUGAAGGCAGCACGCAAACUGGAGAAGUCGAAAAUGGCACGGUUCGACGAGAAGUCCGGGCAGCUGUACGUGACCGAGCUGGGCCGCGUCGCCAGUCACUUUUACAUCCGCCACGAGACGGUCGAAACUUUCAACGGCCUUCUCAAGAAGACCAUGACGGAGGCUGAAGUCCUGGCGAUGAUGUCACACAGCAGUGAGUUCGAGAGCAUGAUGGUUCGCGAGGAGGAGCUGCCGGAGCUGGACCGCGUCAUGUCCCAGGGGUGCCCCUAUGAGGUUCGAGGCGGCGUGGAGAACAAGGAGGGAAAAGUGGACGUCUUGAUGCAGGCGUACGUCUCCCGUGUGCCGCUGGAGGCCUUCUCCCUCAUCGCUGACAUGAUGUACAUCUCCCAGAACGCCGCCCGCAUCGCCCGCGCCAUCUUUGAAAUCUGCCUGAGGCGCGGCUGGAGCAGCCUGGCUGACAUCCUGCUCACCCUGUGCAAGUGCUUCGAGCGCCGCCUGUGGACCACACAGCACGCUCUGAGGCAGUUCGACACCGUCCUGUCGCCGGGCAUCAUCCACAAGCUGGAGGAGCGCCGCGUGCUGAUGGACGUGCUGUACGAGUCCAGCGCGGAAGAGAUCGACCGCCUCAUCCGGCACACCAACGCGGGCGCGCUGAUCAAGGAGUGCCUGGCGGCGUUUCCCAAGCUGGACCUGGUGGUCCAGCUGCAUCCCAUCACGCGGUCGGUGCUGCAGGUCAAGCUGGAGAUCACCCCCGCAUUCAAAUGGAGGGAUGCCCAUCACGGCGGCGUGAUGCGGUGGAUCAUCUGGGUCGAAGACUCAGAGAAUGAGCACAUCUACCACACAGAGACGUGGCUUCUGACAAAGAUGAUGAUGAGGCAACAGGAGCCACACAGGCUGGUGUUCACCAUCCCCAUAUCCGAGCCGCUGCCGGCGCACUACGUUGUCCGUGUCAUCAACGAUUCAUGGGUGGAGUCCGAAGCUUUUGCCGCCCUGUCCUUCAAGUCCCUCAUGCUCCCCAGCCGCAUGGGCCCCCACACCGAGCUGCUGGACCUGGACCCCCUUCCCAAGACCGUCCUGAACAACCCACAUUACGAGGCACUCUACUCACACUUCACGCACUUCAACCCCAUACAGACGCAAGCCUUCCACACCCUGUACCACACGGACAAGAAUGUGCUGCUUGGGGCACCCACGGGCUCUGGCAAGACCAUAUCUGCCGAGCUGGCCAUGAUGCGCGUGUUCAACGAGCAGCCGGACAAGAAGAUCAUUUACAUUGCACCUAUAAAGGCGCUCGUGAGAGAGCGCCUGAAUGACUGGGGUCGGCGGCUGUGCCCGUCUCUGGGGAAGAGGAUGGUUGAACUGACGGGGGACUACACGCCAGACAUCAGGGCGCUCAAGUCCGCCAACAUUAUUAUCGCCACUCCGGAAAAGUGGGAUGGGAUAUCCCGCAACUGGCAGACCCGCUCCUACGUCCGCAACGUCUGCCUGAUGGUCAUCGACGAGAUCCAUUUGCUUGGGGCCGAUCGCGGACCCAUCAUCGAGGUCAUCGUGUCCAGAAUGCGGUACAUUGCCUCGCAGACGGACCAGCAGGUCAGGCUUUUGGGCCUGAGCACCGCCCUUGCGAACGCGCCCGACGUCGCAGACUGGAUGGGGGUGGAAGAAGACGGCCUGUUCAACUUCAGGCCCAGCGUGAGGCCCGUGCCUCUGGAGUGCCAUAUCCAAGGGUACCCAGGAAAAUUCUAUUGCCCACGCAUGGCCACAAUGAACAAGCCCGCCUAUGCCGCCAUCCAGACGUACUGCCCCGUGAAGCCCGUGCUUGUCUUCGUCUCCAGUCGUCGCCAGACGCGCCUCACAGCGUUGGACCUCAUCGCUUUCGCUGCGGCGGAUGAACGGCCAGAGCAAUUUCUGCACAUGGGGCAAGACGAACUGGAGGAGGUGCUGGAGAUCGUGAAGGACUCCAACCUGAAACACACCCUCCAAUUCGGCAUCGGAUUGCACCAUGCUGGUCUCAACGACCGCGACCGAAGCAUCGUGGAGCGCCUGUUCGUUGAGUGCAAAAUCCAGCUGCUUGUGGCAACGUCGACGCUGGCGUGGGGUGUCAACACGCCCGCUCAUCUGGUCAUCAUCAAGGGAACGGAGUACUUCGACGCCCCGACACGCCGGUACGUGGAUUUCCCCAUAACGGACGUGCUGCAGAUGAUGGGGCGCGCGGGGAGGCCGCAAUUCGACCAACACGGCGUGGCCGUCAUCAUGGUGCACGAGCCGAAGAAGGCGUUCUACAAGAAGUUCCUCUACGAGCCCUUCCCUGUAGAAUCUUCUCUUCCGGCGCACCUCGCCGAGCACUUGAGUGCGGAGGUCGUUGCCGGCACAAUCGCCACGAAGCAGGACGCCGUGGACUAUCUCACGUGGACGUUCUUCUUCCGGCGCCUGCUGCGCAACCCGUCCUUCUACGACCUGAAGAGCAUCGAGCAGGACACUGUGAACGAAUUCCUGUCCGGCAUGGUGGAAGACACGCUGAAGACACUGGAGACGGCGGGCUGCGUGACGGUGCACGAGGACGACACUGUGGAGGCAACGACGAUGGGACGCAUAUCCUCGUUCUUCUACCUCAGGCACAGCACCAUGGCGGUCUUCAUGGCGAAUUUGAAGGCGGGCAUGGACUUCAAGCAAGUCCUGCAGGUCCUGUGCCAUACGUCCGAGUAUGACGACUUGCCGGUCCGCCACAACGAGGACAAGCUGAACAUGGUGCUGUCGGGCAGCGUGCGGUGGCGAGUGGACCCCCAGACCCUGGGGGACCCGCACACCAAGGCCAACCUCCUGCUGCAGGCGCACCUGUCCCGCAAGGCGCUGCCCAUCAGCGACUACGUGUCGGACACCAAGAGCGUGCUGGACAACAGCCUGCGCAUCAUGCAGGCUAUGGUGGACAUUGCCGCCGACGCGGGCUGGCUGGGCACCGCGCUUACAGUCAUGAACCUGAUCCAAAGCGUCAUGCAGGCGAGGUGGGUGCAGGACAGCAGCUUGCUGAGCGUGCCCAGCGUUGACGCAAGGUGCGUAGAGGCACUUGAGGAGGUCGGCAUUUCUUGCCUCCCGCAGUUGCUGGAGGUGGUGGAGCACCGCGGCAGCUUCGUGUCAGACGUGCUGUCACCCCUCAUUGGAAAUGGCGCGGCGGAGAAGGCCGUGCAGGUCUGCAGGCGCCUGCCUGUGGUCACCGUCAAGUGGGAGGCCCCGACAGUGGCGCAGGCCGCCCCGCCCCAGGACCGAAGCGGGACCGAGAACGGCACACCGGAGGCGCCCGAAACGGAUGAAGGCGAGCUCUGCAGUCUGCAGGUGACCCUGCAGUGCGGCAGGCUGCAGGGCCGCGGCCGGGGUGUGGCGCCAGCCUUCGCCCCACGGUACCCAAAGGUCAAGGACGAGGGCUGGUGGCUGGUGCUGGGCGACCCCGGCGGCCAGGAGCUGCUUGCACUGAAGCGGCUGUCCCUGCGGGAUGGCCAGCCAGCGACGGUGAAGCUGGAGUUCAAUGUGCCGGACGGGAGGCGCGACGCCGUCACGCUGUUCCUGAUGUCUGAUUGCUACAUCGGGCUGGACCAGCAGUACGCGGUGGAGCUGCCGCAGGCGGUCGCUGUGGUGGAGACGUCAGCACGGGCCUGA